UGGAGACCGUCAAGCACGUGAUGUUUAUUUUUGAGGGGAGAGUUUUCAGAUGCGUGCCCAUAAAAUUCUUCAACAUUUUCUUUUUCCUUUGAUAAACGACAAAGGAGGAGGGUGUGGCAGAGAAAAAGACAAAAGAAGAUGGGGACCUCCACUCGGCCAAUGCUUUCCACACUUAUUCCUCCUUCCUUCUGUUACCUUCUCCUCUCCUCCUCCAAUCCUCCCCUCCCCUUCUCUCGCUAGACCUAUAAAAGGACCCCUCCUCCGCUCCCCUCCUCCUUUAUAUUUCAUUCCUCUCUAUUCUUAUUCCAAGCCUAUAAAUCCCGAAUAAAGCUCUUCUUGUUCCCCGGCGAAUCUAUAUGUCGACGGAGGCGCCAAGGAGGGCGAGCGGUAAGUUGUGCCGGCAGAGGAGCCGGCUCCAGAUGCACGCACCGAGCUCGAUCCAGGUGGAGCCCGCGCCGGCGAACGUCGCGGAGUGGAAGGUGGCGAUCCCGCUCCUCUCGCCGCUGGACAUCUCGACGAUCCCCCGGAUCAGGGACCGGACUGAGGCCGAGGCGGCGCCGCCCCCAGAGGAGGUCCGGUCACCUAACGGUGAGAAGAAGGACGCGGAGGAAGGGACCCGCCGGUGGAUGGCGUGGCAGCAUCCGGCGGCACCGUUCUACUACGAGCCGGUACCCGGAAACGAGCCGGCCUUCGUCGUGCCGCACUGCACGUGACUGGACUCACGGGUAUCGUAACGUGGCAUCUAAUCAUUAAUCGUUUUGUGCAGUUCGAACUUCUCUUUUUAACUCCACACACACCCCACCCUCCCCACUCUCUUGAUUUUUAUUUUGGAGGUUAGGUUUUCGCGAAAUUAAGUUUGUAAUUAGUUAAUGCUAUCGUUGAGAUGGAUUAUUUCUUUUUUAAA